CGAACGUCCAUCUCACUUGGACGUAUUGCUACAUCUCUGCGUCUUAAUCUGUUAGAAACACAAUCAGUGCAGUUGGAGUGUCGAGUCUCUUCAAAGGAACUUCGACAGCGUGGGCAAUGAGCUACCUUCCGUCCCAGAACUCGUUUCCCGAUAGCUCGCAGCUCGGUGCAGCAGAAAGUUAUCUCAACAACUAUGCAGACGUAGAGGUGGAUGAGGAUGAGGAAGAAGACGAGUCGUUCACUCAAGAAGACUGCUGGAAUAUCAUUUCUGCGUUCUUCAACGAGAAAGGUCUUGUUAGACAACAACUCGAUUCCUUCGAUGAAUUUGUCAAAAACACUAUACAAGAGAUCAUUGAAGAGAACGCAGACUUGAUUUUGGACCAGCAAGAUCAGCAUUCUGGGUCGGAGAAGGAUGCUGCUCGCCGCUAUCAUAUCCACUUUUCUCAAAUUAUAGUAUCAAACCCGAGCUUCAGCGAAGCCGAUGGUUCGACACAAGCUAUCUUCCCGCAGGACUGUCGAAUACGGAACUUGACCUAUGCUGCUCCAGUGUAUUGCGAAAUGACCAAGCAGACGUUGAUUGGCCAUGAAGACCCGGAUUCUAUGACUGGUGAAAUGAUCUGGGAGCCUGAACAUGGGGGUGAGGCGCUGGAACACGUGAAGCCCAUGAUUGGUCGGAUUCCUAUGAUGUUACGGUCCUACUUCUGUAACCUGCGUAAAUUCAACGAACGCGACCUCUAUCGUGUCAAUGAAUGUCCUUAUGAUUCCGGAGGGUAUUUUAUCAUUAACGGCUCGGAGAAAGUCUUGAUUGCUCAAGAACGAAUGGCCACAAAUCACGUUUAUGUCUUUGCAAAGGCUCAACCAUCCCCUAUCAGUUUCUUGGCCGAAAUUCGUAGUGCCGUGGAGCAGGGUGGAAAGACGAUCAGUCAAUUCCAAGUCAAAAUGUACCAUAGAGGUCAAGAACGAGCGUCCGGCAGUGUUAUGAAGGCUACUAUUCCGUACAUCAAGGUCGAUAUCCCUAUCUGGGUCGUUUUCCGUGCAUUAGGUGUCAUCUCCGACAGAGACAUUCUUGAGCAUAUCUGCUUCGACAUGAAUGACUCUUCGAUGCUGGAGAUGCUCAAGCCGUGUAUUGACGAUGGAUUUGUUAUCCAGGAUCGUGAGGUUGCUCUAGACUUCAUUGGUAAUCGAGGAACGGCGACUGGGCUAAAUCGUGACAAGCGACUGCGAUACGCGCAGGAAAUCUUGCAAAAGGAGAUGUUACCACAUAUCUCGAUGGCUGAAGGAUCAGAGUCCAAGAAAGCAUAUUUCUUUGGUUACAUGAUCCACCGGUUGUUGCUUGCCGCUCUCGAACGACGUGAACUUGAUGACAGAGACCACUUUGGGAAGAAGCGUCUGGAUCUCGCGGGUCCCUUGCUUACAGGACUGUUCCGCAUGCUCUUCCGAAAGUUAACGAAGGAUGUAUAUCGUUACUUGCAAAAGUGUGUCGAAACACACAAAGAGUUUAAUAUCAAUAUGGCGAUCAAGACACAGACCCUUACUAAUGGUCUGAAGUACUCUCUUGCGACGGGUAAUUGGGGUGAUCAGAAGAAAGCCAUGUCUUCCAAGGCUGGCGUCUCGCAGGUGCUUAACCGAUACACCUACGCGUCAACGCUUUCUCAUCUUCGAAGAUGUAACACGCCCUUGGGUCGUGAAGGCAAGAUCGCGAAGCCACGUCAAUUGCAUAAUACCCAUUGGGGUAUGGUAUGUCCUGCCGAAACGCCGGAAGGACAGGCUUGCGGUCUGGUUAAAAAUCUUGCGUUAAUGGCCGUCAUCUCUGUCGGCUCAGUGUCGGGACCUGUCAUCGACUUCUUGGAGGAAUGGGGACUAGAGACCCUUGAGGAGAAUACCCAGUCCACGAAUCUCACCAAAGUUUUCGUUAACGGCGUGUGGCUCGGGGUGUGUCGCGACCCGCUCAACAUGGUGAAUACACUCCGUACUCUCAGGCGAAUGCAGGAUUUCGAUAGCGAAGUGUCAAUUGUUCGUGACAUCCGUGAGAGGGAGAUACGUAUAUACUCUGAUGCCGGCCGAGUUCUUCGACCACUCUUCAUUGUGGAAGACCACAAGCUGAAACUCAAGCGUCAGCAUCUCCGCUGGCUGCAGGAGAAAUGGAGGAUUGAGGAAAGGCCGUAUGUCCCAAGGGAAGAAAGAAACAAGGAGGAAGUUUCAGAGGGCGAGACCGUUGCAGACGAAGAAGAGGGUAGGCCGAUUAUGAGGGACGAACGAAGAGUGAAGAGAAAGAAGAAGCCAUUCACUUGGUCUUCGUUGAUUCGCGACGGUGUUAUUGAGCUGCUGGACGCAGAAGAAGAGGAGACGGUCAUGAUCUGCAUGACACCAGAUGACUUGCUUGAGUCUCGACUAUUGCGCAGAGGUCUGGAUCCACGCGCAGAGGCUGACUUUAACCCGGCGGCUCGGUUGAAACCGUUACCGAUAGCGCAUACAUGGACACAUUGUGAAAUUCACCCUAGCAUGAUUCUGGGUAUUUGUGCUAGUAUUAUACCUUUCCCUGAUCACAACCAGUCGCCUCGUAAUACUUAUCAAUCUGCUAUGGGUAAACAAGCUAUGGGUAUCUACCUCACGAACUUCCUAAUGCGCCAAGACACGAUGGCGAAUAUCCUUUACUACCCACAAAAACCGCUGGCUACGACGAGAGCCAUGGAGUAUCUUAAGUUCCGAGAAUUGCCCGCUGGCCAAAAUGCUAUUGUGGCCAUUCUCUGUUACAGUGGCUAUAACCAGGAAGACUCCGUCAUUAUGAACCAGAGCUCGAUUGACCGUGGUUUGUUCCGUAGUUUGUAUUAUCGAACUUACAUGGACCAGGAGAAACGUAGUGGAGCGAUCAUUGUUGAUGAAUUCGAGAAACCUACGCGCGAUACGACACUGCGUAUGAAGCAUGGGACGUAUGACAAGCUCGAAGAUGAUGGUCUCAUUGCUCCUGGUGUCAACGUUCGUGGUGAUGAUAUUAUCAUCGGCAAGACAGCCCCUAUUCCACCUGAUAGCGAAGAGCUCGGGCAACGGACGAGAGGACACACGAAGCGUGAUAUCUCAACUCCGCUGAAGAGUACCGAGCAAGGCAUUGUCGAUCAGGUUGUUGUCACUACCAACGCGGAAGGCACGAAAUUCGUGAAGAUUCGUGUUCGUUCUACUCGUAUCCCUCAAAUCGGAGACAAGUUCGCUUCGCGACACGGGCAAAAGGGUACUAUCGGUAUUACGUAUCGGCAGGAAGAUAUGCCUUUCACUGCAGAGGGUAUCACACCUGAUAUCAUCAUCAACCCUCACGCCAUUCCGUCACGUAUGACAAUCGGACACUUAGUCGAAUGUUUGUUAUCGAAGUUGGCGACGAUAGUUGGUAAUGAAGGCGAUGCGACCCCGUUCACGGACUUGACCGUCGACUCUGUAUCGUCCGUCUUGCGUGAAAAGGGUUAUCAAUCUCGUGGUUUGGAAGUCAUGUAUCAUGGACAUACGGGACGCAAGCUGCAAGCGCAGGUGUACCUCGGACCAACAUAUUAUCAGAGGUUGAAGCAUAUGGUGGAUGAUAAGAUUCAUGCUCGUGCUCGUGGACCGGUUCAGAUUUUGACGAGGCAACCUGUUGAGGGUCGUUCGCGUGAUGGUGGUCUGCGUUUCGGAGAAAUGGAGCGCGAUUGUAUGAUCUCACACGGUAUCGCUGCUUUCUUGAAAGAACGUCUCUUCGAUGCUAGUGAUGCCUACCGUCUACAUGUCUGCGAUCUAUGCGGUUUAACUGCUAUCGCAAACCUGAAAAAACAAAGCUUCGAAUGUCGAGCAUGCAAGAACAAAACGAGUAUUUCACAGUUAUACAUCCCCUAUGCUGCGAAGCUUCUCUUCCAGGAGUUGCAGGCUAUGAACAUCGCUGCACGCUUGUAUACUGUCUCAACCGGGAGAAUAAGGGAUUGAUUUAUCGGAGGGGUUCAUUGCCUUUGUUCUUUGUUCUUUGCUAUGCUUUAAUGCACAAAAUUUAUGUAUAUAUAGGUUUAAUUUGUAGAAGAGUUGCUUCUGACCAACGGUCUCCCACAACUGAAGUUCAAU